AGAGACUGACACAUAAGCACACCAAGCGAACUAGCCAAUGCUAGCUGGUCCUGUUUUGUUUUGUUUUCUUUUGUGUUUUUCUUUAAAAGGGUGAGUCGCAGUUGCGUUCAAGAACCCAAAGACGAACGUGGCAAACGGAACGACGCCAGGCUAAAAAAAGAAAUGCAGUCUGUCGUAAGGCAAAACCUCCACGCUGAGUGUGAGGGCGACAUCAACAAACUCAUCAACUUAAAACUAAAUGCGUCCUACACUUAUCUUUCUCUGGGCAUGUACUUUAACAGGGAUGACGUUGCCCUGAAUAAAUUUGCCAGCUUUUUCUUGGAGCUCUCUGGAAAGGAACAAGAACAUGCCGAGAAGCUGCUCGGUUAUCAGAACAUGAGAGGGGGUCGCAUUUUGCUGCAGACUAUUGCUAAACCAACUAGGGAGGAUUGGAAAGGUGGUCUGGAUGCAUUGUCUUUCUCCCUGGACUACCAGAAGGCCAUGAACACGUGUAUUCUGGAAGCACACCGCAAGGCUGACGCCAAUCGUGACCCCCAUUUUUGCGACUUCCUCGAGCAGAACUUCCUCACCGACAGCCACGACACCAUCAAAAAAUUGGGCGAUUACGUGGGCAGCCUGAAACGCAUCACGAAGUCCGAAAGCCACGGCCUCAUGGGAGAAUACCUCUUUGACAAGCACACCUUGUAAAAAAAAAAAAAGCAAGAAUCAACCUCCGUUUGCUCCAUUUGUUCUGUCAAAGUGGCUGCAUUUUUAUGGUUGAAGGUAAUAUUGUAGUGCAGAUGCCAAGUAGCCGAGAAUACCUCCAAACAAACCUUUUGUUUACCACUAUGGUGCUCCAAAUUAGCAUUUUCCAACUAUCACAUUUUCUACAUUUCCUAUUGGUCGAACUCUGAAUAAACUCCAACUAUGCCAGCACCUCA